AUGUUCAAGCUUCUACCCGCUGCGCAAGAUUUAUUCAUAUGCUUGCACUGUCAGUAUCGUCUAAGCCUUCGACAAGGACUCCGCUCUGGCCGUCGACGCCCGACCGGACACCCUCAACAGCUUCGACGCUUCACUUCAGGACCUAGCCUACGGCAAGAGCAAUCAUCUUACCCUGAUGUCGCUACCGACAAUGACAAUCUUGAGAGAGCGCCUAUCAGAUACUAUACCGAAGAAUUCUUUCCUCACCAGAAUUACAGACAUGGGAAUGAGCCGUCUACAAAGGACAGCCUUGGCCUCAAUGUGCUGGGCGAGCCAGCCGAGGUCCUCAUCUUGCGAGACAAGCAAGAUCGCUUUCGACUCGAUACGAACAUGGCACGAGUUCGUGCAUCAGGUCCAGAUAAGAACCCUGCCCAGAAGCCUAUAAGCUCGUCCGAGAUGCUGGAAGAGAUGGAUGCCGAAAGGGGGUUAAUUGAUAUCGAUGAGGUGUGCAAGAACAUCGAAAGUGUGGGAGAAUCGUGGGCGGCAAAAAAAAAAGGUAGCAUUACAGGAGUUGCAUACAAGGAUUUGGUUUCCAGGCUACAGGAGGGGUUCACUAAGCACCAGUUGGGAGCCUACUUAGAAAGGGCUGGAAAGGAUCCGGCCGCUGAUGUAUUCGACCUAAACGUCGAGAUAUCCAACAGUCUCUACACUCGAUCAUCAUGGCAGCUUGUGGGAAACACGCCACUUCGACAAUCCAAGGCACCGAGGAUUGCGAAUAGUACGCCAGAAGAAGAGUCCAACGAAAAAGAGGUGCAUGGGAAAGAACGCGGACAGGGACUAAGCAAAGAUGCGUUGGUGAAAAGGAUACUACGACGGUGUUGGAACAUUACACCCAGAUAUCAGGAAUCUUCAUUGGGUGAACUGGACGUACGGCUUCAUAAACUCCAUCUAGACUUGAUACUAAACCACAAGAGGGAUAUCUUGAAGUUGAUAUCCAGGAGCUAUGACUCAAAAGUCGAGGCAUGGCCUGGAGAUUGCAUCAUCCGCAUCACAUCUGACUAUGACAACUGCGUUGACAUAUUCAAACUCUUAAUUCACACUCUUGAGAACAUUCGAGUCUCCACAAUUGAUCUCCGUGCCCAUUCAAUCUCACAUGAGGGCUCGACGUCUUUUCCCAGGGAGUUGAACAAUGCUAUGCUUCGGCAGAUCGAGGAGUACACCAAUACGCUUGUCAGACCACAGGGCGUCGCCCACCAAAAAUUGCAUGUGUUUUACCUGGGACCUGAUGACGCCGACCUUUUAGAGACGGAAAGAUUGAUACAUCAGAUUCUGCGACCUGCUUCCACACGGAACCUUACAUUAGCUUGGUCGAAAGCUGACAAGCCGUCUAAUGCUAUCCCGGCCCCAGUUGCAGUAGGUAGCAGAUUGUCCCUGUUGGAUAGGAAUCAGCAAUGGUCAAGAUGGUGCAGCCCUCACACAGAGAAUCGCACUCAAAGGAGGAAAAAGAAGGAUGGGGCUCCGUCCUCUAGCUCAUCGACAGUGCCGGCGACUCAAGGUAUGCAUGGCAAAUUGGCAUUCGACACAGUGAAGUCAUUCUUCGAAGAGUCAGACGACACUAGUUACAAGUACUCCAUCAACAUUACGCCGUACUGGACACCAGAAAUUAGGUGCCAUGAUUCGGUGAAGCUGGGCCAAGUGUUGUUCCCCGCAGACAAGGCAGGAAACAUCUUGGAAGCGCUAGAACGAAAUCAAAGAAGGACCAAGAAAAUGAAAAGCACGGGCCAUAGGAACAGACCGAUUGACACCGGAGAUAUCGUCUCCAAAUCUUUGAGGAUACCUCGAGAGUUUGUGCCUCUUGUUCCCGGCCUCGUACGCUCGUUAGGUAGCCUCGGGUCUCUUGAGAAGACCGAGGACUUUUGGCAAAUUCGGUUGUCACCAUCGUCCAAGAAUGUGUCACUGCCUGUCCCUGUCGAAGCUCUGCCGGAUCUGGAGAUCAGGAUGUCCUUCGAUCACGAGAAUAAGACCACUUCAAUCAAAGACGUCAGAUUGGUCAACGAGAAGGAGAAAGACUUUCUGCAGCCACAAAAGAUAGUUGACCUGCGGUUUGUUAGAAAACAAUGUGUUUAUGCGAAAGAUGACAGUAUCGAUCCGCGCAUUGUGUCGUUUGUGCAGGACAGUAAUUUCGAUAUCUGGGGCACAGAGCGUCUCAAAACGCCAUUAGGUAUUUCGUUGUCGAUCCCUGCACUCGCAAUUCAGUCCCACAAAGAUUUCGACCCUAAAAAACAUGAAUCAUUGUUGGUCGACUACACCUCACUCGGUCUCGAACACAGAUCCUCACUCAUCAUGCCCUACCAAGAAUCCGACUCCUGGUCCACCCUCACAUACACCAGCGUCGAAGCCGGCCGCGUAGGCGGAAGGAGGGACGAGCUUUCCCUGCACAAUCUCAGACAACCGUCUAUACAACCGCCCCCUACCGACCCUGAGCCUUUCUCAGCCAUCAGCAUCGACAACGACCCCGAAUCCCUCUCCGACGACGACCACACAUCCAUCCUCUUCCACAAAACAGCUUCCCUCAUCGAGAGCAUCGAACUCGCGGCAAGCGACCAGAGCGAUAAGCCGGUCGAUAGGCGCAAGGGCCCCGUCAGAGGUCUGAGCAUGCCGGAGCUGAGACACUGGAGAGGCAUCAGCCCCAGGAAGCUCUACAGGCGGAUUGGAUUCUCGCCGGACACGGGCUAUUUGCCGCCGGUCAAUGAAACGGUUAGGAGGGUCGCGGCAGAUCAUCGGUCGGGCGGGAGGGAAGGGGCGGCGAGUGGCAAUGGGACUAGUUGGAUUUGA